CCCAAACCUUCAAGAAAUGGAGAAAAAAGAAGUCCUGAGCAGCAGGCAGGAAGAACCUCCUGGGAUGGAUGGGGAGAUGGAGGAGGAGAGUGCUGAAGACCAAGAUGCUGAGCAAGCACGGAGGCGUGCAGUUACGUGUGUGGUGCUUGAACACAGCACCCAUGGGAGCCAGCAGGGUCUGCUAACAUGGAAAACAGGGAGCAGGACUCUUUGUGGAGGAGCUGACGCCAACCUUGGAGAAACCCCCAUCCAGGAGGAGCCUGCAGAAAGGCCACCUGAGCAUGGGCAGGAGGGUGGCUGGAGGAGGGACUUGCUUACGCCUCCAAGAGACGAUGUGGGAGAGAAACCUUUCAAGUGCCCGGAGUGUGGGAGAAGCUUCAUGAGGAGCUCAGACCUCAUUGUCCACCAGCGGACCCACACUGGGGAAAAACCUUACCAGUGCCCCGAGUGCGGGAGGUGCUUCAACAGGAGCUCCAGCCUCGUGACACACCAGAGGGUGCACACGGGCGAGAAAAUGUACAAGUGCCCCGAGUGUGCAAAAAGCUUUACACGGAGCUCAACGUUGACCGCACACCAGAGGACCCACACAGGGGAAAAGCCCUACCAGUGCUGUGAGUGCGGGAAGAGCUUCAGCAAAAGGUCAAACCUUAUUAAACACCAAAGGCAACACACCGGAGAGAGACCAUAUCGAUGCCCCGACUGUGGGAAGAGCUUCAUACAGAGCUCAGACCUGAUUGUCCACCAACGAACGCACACAGGAGAAAAGCCCUACCAGUGCUCAGUGUGUGGGAAAUGUUUCAGCGUGCGGUCGAAACUUAUUCAACAUCAGCGCGUGCACACGGGAGAGAAACCCUACACAUGUGCUGAGUGCGGGAAGAGCUUUGGGCAGAGCUCGCACCUUUCCGUGCACCAGAAAACUCACAGAGGAGAAAAAUCAGCACUCCAAGUGUGGAAGGUCAUCCAGUGUGAGAUCCUGCCUUGCUAAAUAUCAGAAACUGCAUGCAGGAGAUGGAUAUACAGAAUAUCUGAGCAUGGGAGAUGGUCUUUGCACU